AUGAGAACUGGGAGAUGUGUUGGAGCUCUUCUUUUCUUGGUCUUACAUCUUCAGUACGGGUUGACACUUAACUGUCCAGUCAGUCUGCAAUGUGAAUGCGGCGACCUCCCCCAUGUGGACAUUACAUGUGACGUCUCUAAGCAUGGACCACCCACGUUCAGCAACCGCUCACUCGGUAUCCAGAGAAGCGUCACGGUUCUAGGAACCCAUACGUUGUCCAACUUCUUUUUCAGGAAUCUGCGCGUUCAAGCUGUUCGCCUGCAUGGGCUUAACCUGACUUCUACUGGCUGUUCUCUGCUCUCAGGAUUGCAGUCUACUUUAUUAGAGCUUGAUCUCAGUGACAAUGCUUUACAGAUUGUGCCGGCAUGCACCCUAACAGGACUGACGAAACUUACGUCUCUAAAUUUGUCCGAAAACCGGAUUGUUACGCUUGCCCAAAAUGACUUCCAAGAGGUUCCAUCUUUAACUAGGUUAGAUCUGAGUGGCAAUAGCCUGUGUCAGCUGGAUGGCUUACCGUUUGCAAGACUUGAGAAUCUUGUGUUUCUCAGUUUAUCGAAAAAUUUAUUAACGAUUGAGUCUGAAACAUCUGUCCCCAUUGUGUUGAAAACUCUGGAAACUCUGGAUUUAUCUAGGAACCGCCUUACUCACUUCGGGAACAAGAUCUUCAUCAUGCCUUCUCUGAAAUAUUUAUACCUUGGAGAUAAUUUGCUGUCGAUUUUUGCUUUGAGGAAUGUUCGAAACGUUAGAGUGCUGUCUCUUCGAAAGAACAGACUGGAGAGCCUGUACGAACACGUUUUACGUGAGUACACAGGUUUAGAGGAUUUUGAUUUGUCGGAAAACUUGUUGGAUUCUCUGCCUCCUUAUAUCUUGGCUCUGCCAUAUCUAAAGCGGUUAUCCAUGGCCAAAAACCAACUGACCUCUCUUGACCUUAAAGGAAUUCCGGAACGCCAGAGGUUCUCUUUGCUGAACUUUUCUGAUAAUCUCGUCACAUUUGUUAACAGCGGUACGAUUCCUGCGUUUAGAGAGUUCACUUUGGACAUGUCGGGUAACAAAAUCACUAACUGGCCCAGUAUCGCAAUAUCCUAUGGUGGGAACGGAACUACUCAGAUAACGAUCAACUUGUCCAGGAAUUUGUUACAACGUGCACCGUAUUUCAUGUAUUUGCGAAUGUCUGGGGAACGAAAUAUAGUUCACAUUGACCUUUCGAACAACAAGAUAACAUCGUUUGAAAGCACAUUGUUAUUUACAACAAUUCCGACAAGAAGACCAACGAGUGUUUUUUACAACAUGAGGAACAAUCUACUGGAAACCUUUCCAUCCUGUUAUAUUGAUUUCCUCGUGACUUUCAAAGUUCUAGACUUGUCAUUCAACAGGCUUCAAGGCCUCCCGCCAGUUAGUUGUAUUGGCUAUGGAGUGAGGGAGUUGCUGCUAGACUAUAACAAUUUCACCAGACUGAAAUGGACAGAUUUGGUGAAAGGAAAUUAUCAUGGGACGAAGCUGGAAAAAAUUUCAUUUGUGGGUAACCAGAUUGCUGUGAUUGACCUGGCUUCCGCUGCCCUAUUGCCGCGGUCGUUGCGAGAGAUUGAUUUCAGUCAAAACCAGCUGAAGACGUUACCAGCCAGCGUGUUCGCGAUGCCUUUUCUUCAGGUUUUGCGUUUGAAGGGGAACCCCCUUGACUGCGAUUGUGCGCGGUUUCUUGGUCUUAGAACGUCUUUUUGCAGAACGGUUCUUGACGAGAGCAGGUGUUCCACUCCAGUACAAGACAGAGGCUAUCUCCUGAAGUGUAGAUGGCGUUCAUGUAGUUCGAACUGCCAUCUCUCAGAGUGUUCUUUAGAUCACUUCGUGGAAGUUCGGGUAAACAUUAGUCAUUUCGAGUUGGGAUUUACGUUAACCUGGGAGCUUUACGGGCCGGGAAAAUGGUCUAAGGUUCGGGUGAAUGUAACGGGUGUAGGGAGAGACACCCCUACGUCUAUCCAUUUACUCAACCCUGAGGAUCGCAGUUAUUCAUUUGUGUAUCCAAAUCAGAGCCUCAGUCAUGAUAUUUGUCUGGAGGCUCUGAAUGACCAUAGUCAGUCUCUAGGCAGACGCUGUUUCUACGAUUAUGCACCUGACGUCACGCCAGACGGUGGCAAGACUCCAGGGUUUUCCAUGACGACUUGGGAUACAGCCACACUGAACAUCUCACCAGCGUCAUCGCACAGAGUCUCGCGCUGGGACACCUCAUCGCAAAGCCCACCCGUUCAUACACCAGUGGAUCAUCUGAAGACUGGUCUUAUUAUCAUCAGCAUUAUUUGUUUCAUCAGCGUUGUUGUUGUUAUAGUGGUAUGUUAUAGACGUUGCAAAAGCAAAGUUAAUGCUCCGUCGAGUCGCCUGGGGCAGAGAAGAGAAUUCCAUGAUGUUAGAACUCUCCGGAGCUUUCUUGAAAGAACAUUUCCAUGCUUUUCACGCAACAAAGACAAUGCCCCUGGUAGGGAGUCUGUUGUGCUGAGUGAUUUGUUACUGAAUGAUCCGGAACAAUACCAAGUUUCACGCGGACAAACAUAUCAGGACGGAAUUCACUUUGCCCAACCAUUACUGCCUGUUCGGGAGUCUGCUGGAGAUGAGGUGGACAUCACAGAAGGAGCUGUCGUCCAAGGCGCCGAAGGAUAUCUAUUUUCUCCUAGCGUGACCUCCAGCAAAGCAACCCCGUCAACCAAAGACAAGAAAUAUGAUUCCAAGGGCACAGGAACAGGUGAGGGGCCAAAUGAUCAGAGACCGUGUAAAAACCUUUACGAAACCAACUUCAGCCUUCAGGUUCGCCUUGAUGACAAGUGCAGUUCAGACGACAGUGACAUUGACCACAUCUACGAGGACACCUUGCCGAUCGAGAACCAUGUCAAGUCUAAACAGGACCAUUUACAAGGUACAGGUAGUACUCAUGACGUUGAGAGUAAGAACUGUAGCGAGUUAAGCAGCAGUGCCAAGCCAAGUGCUCUGGUCAUGCCUGUGGUUAAGAAUGUGCCAACCUGUGACAGUGUGUUAAGUUACUACGAGUGUCCAAGGAGUAGUCGAGUAGUCAAACAGUUGAAUAAAAAUGAUCCAACACCAGACACCCAUGCUGGGGAGCCAGUAACUUACAAAGCAGAUGGAGUUGAGGAAGACGAUCUGUCGCCGCCUUCUCCUCCUCCGAAAACCAAGAAAAUUGUAAUCGUAGACAAUCCAACCUACGAUAUGGAGCCCGUGGUACUCACCAAAGGGUCUACGCACAGGGAUAUGACUGAUAGUGAACAAAGUGCUGACGAAAUUGAAGUAUAACUCGAAAGUCAUCUUUGUUACAUUAUUGACUGGUGCACCGUUGAAUAGUUCACGAUAUUUGUGUAGCCGUUCCUAUAGCGUGAAACGACCUGCAUGUUGUCGAAUCAUUAUUGACAUCACUGUGCUAUUUAAAGGUGGAGAAAACAUGAAAAUUACAUAGAGUUCAGAUGAAAGAUGUGAAAAGUUAGUUGUGAAUAUGUCCUUCAAUAUUUCAUUUGAUUUUAUUAAAGAGAAAAAAACACUUGAAAAUAAUUUUCGUAUGUUGGGUAUUUGGGACCACCUGUUGGUAUAUACAGUGUAUUUAUAUUUUUAAUAUAUUCAUGAAUACUAUCAUAACUCAGAUGAAAUGUACAUGUUUAGAUAUAAACAACCUAUUUACAUUCAUAUAAAUUUAUUUGACACGCAUCACAUCCAUAUUGAGAACAUUAUUAUUUAACGACGAUAAAUACCAAACUGUGGUCCCAAAUACCGACCAUACGAGAAAAAAAAUAUUUUUUAUAUCAUUUUUAUGAUUUCUUCUCCUUUAAAGAUCAGCGCAAAUCCAAUCGAUUUUUUGCCAUUAUUUUACAAUAGUCCAAAUAAUUACCUUUCAUAAAAUACCAGUCUCAUCUGUGAACGUGUUACGGUUCAAGAAUUCGUAAAAUUUAUAGCGCGGGUCGGUUUAUUGCUUUUUCAAACUUUAGAAUCAUUAUACCACACCAAAUGGCACAGGUACAAGGAAGGUAUUUUCUAAAAGGCAAUAAUUUGAGCUAUCCUUGGCCAGUAGAAAAAAGUUGAUUUGAUAAACGAAUAUGGCUUUUUGCCAAAUAUCUCCGGUACCGUAUAGCCUCUUUAAGCGCCAAGGAAAAAGUCGUCUUUGAACAAUGAUGUGGGGUGUUGGAAUCAAGUCCCUCUAUAUUCAAGGUUUCCACUGUCGUAGGAAAACCUGAAUAUUAAUGAAUAAAUGUUCACGCCAUAGAGUCACAGAUUUUGGAGAAUGUCCUGAAAAAAGUCCGGGCAUCUACAUAUGGCUAUGUUGUUUGUAUUAUGACAUUUACCUAGCUAGCUCGCAUGAACAGUGCAUUUGUAUGUCUCUGUUAUCCCAAUCUGGCGGUGAAACCUCUGAGCUACAUAGUUUAAAGGUGCAAUAUUAAUCUUCAUAUUUUGACAUAUUUGGGUAUAGAAAUAGUUAACUAUUGUCACAUUUGGUCAUGAAAAGUCACGAAUGCUUGUUUUGAAACAUCUGUGCAGACGUGCAUGUGGAUGAGUGUGACUGCGUGCCUUUUCUAAAGCUGCGUGUUGCACGAAAUAAAUUAGUUUGAAUAAAACAGAAGUUUUAUCUUCUUGGCCAAUCAAGAAUCCUGAUUGCAUCACAUGUGUUAGAAGACUUAGAGAAAACUCAUUGAAGCAUAAGAUUUGCGUACAUCUUUAUACUUGAUUUUGGUCUCUUCCUAAAACUGAACAUUCCUUAAUUUAGUUGUAAGACCUAUAGUCACAACUCGAUGUGCCUGUCGUGAUCUAGCCACAAGUCUAAGAUACAUGUAGUCCCUUGGCCUACCAUGCGGGUUUUCACAUCCACUGCUAAACCUGACUGAGAGAAAAACGUGUGGAACAGGGCAGAGCCGGGAGAACCCCCACGACCAUACGCUGUAUGGUAGACCGCAGAGUGAAGUUGGAUAUGAGCUGGACUUGAACUCACAGCGACCGCGUUGUUGAGAGGCUCCUGCGUCAUUGUGCCGCUGUAACACGCUGAGCACUCGGCCACAGGUCACAUACAAAGUAAUAGCGAGAACCUGAGAAUCUGACUUGAUUGAAUAACUGAUUAGAGUUUAAAACCCCAUAUUUAGACGAAGGCGGUCAGUUCCUUUGGUACAGAUAACUAGGCAGAGUGUCCCAAGUAAACCACACAUUUCCUUGACGCACGGAUAUGAUCAUCGUGCAGUUUGUAUACUAUGUUGUUGGAAAUGUGUGUUGAUGUUUGGGUUGUAUUUAUAUGCAUGUAGAUGUGAGAACCUCAGAUAAGAGACUUCAAUCACUAACCUGGAAAUGUUAAGCUAUAUACACAUCCAUAACAUACUAACGCCGCCACACUUUUUUCCUCACAGGAAUGUAUUUAUAUAUGGAGAGAAUGAGAAUAAAUUUG